GGAAUCAGCUUCGCCGCAUCUCCCCUGCACUCCUUCGCAGGUUUUUGGUCUAUGGCCGUCCGUAUCCUUUUCUCCUAGCGGCUCCGGGCUUGGUGCAAAUUUUCGAUUCAGCUCCGGCGUGUUUGUUGCGGCGCGGUGGCACCCUCAGCUCCCCACAUGUCUCGCGCCCCGGUCAUAUCAUCUACGAUUUCCGGAGUUCGGCUUCCCACCAUCGUCAUCCGAUCUGCCCUUCCGAGAAGUCGCAUUCGCAAGAUACCGACUAUAAUCGCGUCGCACACUCUCUACCGGCAACAUGGCGACCGCGAUCUCUAAUCAUACCUCUCACCCGCCGAAGAUGAAGCGACCGCCCCCGCCUUUUCCCCAGACGGGAGUGAAUGGCGUCAAGGCUCAGCAGUCCUCCUCCCCGCAGCCUGCCUCGAAACAGCUUCCGGGUUCGAAUCAUACCACCUCCGCUAGCUCUAUCGGGCCACCGAUUACAAACGGCGCCAAUGGCGCCGUCGAUUCGAAAGGUGCCCCCGGCAAGGGACCCCUGAAUAAAUCGAGGAAGGAUGCGCAGAAGGCGAAUGAUCCAGCCGCGCGGAUACCAAAGCAUUUGGUAAAACCAUUGUCAACCGACAUUGAGCGUCGGCUGGGCAAGAAGUGUCCCGAGCCUUAUGUCAAAACAACUUCCUAUAUCCUUAAGAAAUUCUCAAAAUGUCCGCCAUCCCUUAUCGUACACCUUCAUCCGACACACUUCCGUUUCGAGCAGCAGGACGGAAGCUUUCCCUACAAUUCCGAAAUGAAAGUCAUCAUUGAGCAUAUCCGUGCUGGGACCGUCCCGCACGAUAUGAUGGAGGAGCUGCUGCGGGCUAAUGUUCGCUUUUACGAAGGCUGUCUGAUUGUUCGUGUGGUCGAUCACAAGUCGGCGGUGGCGCAGGCGAGGAAAUCGGCCGCAAAGUCGUCGAACGAGAAUAACGCCCCCUUUUCAAUCCACAAUUACAACGAGCACAUCACUCCGUCGGCUUUUGUACCAUACCCGAAGCAGAACCAAUUGACUUCGGAGAAACCAAGCUCGAAAGAAUCCGUGUCAAACCAGUCUGAUGCCAAGGCUAAUGGCGGCGAUCCGUCGACUUCUCCCGCCGCAGGAAAUGAGUCAACAUCUACCCAGCGAAAUCAGUCUCCUCCGAAGCCUCGUGUUUUCACCACUGUCCUUCACCCUACCCCCCGUUCUUUGCAGGCAGAGCUCACUCUGCUUGCCACUACACCCGAUCCACGAGCCGCGAAACAGACCAAUCAAAGUUCGGCGACCUCUGCUCCGGGAGCGUCAUCUGGCCAGACCGACCGCGGGCAUGUCGCAAAGAAACAGAAAAUGCUGGUUGAGCCGUCGGAGCUCGUGGAAUGCGAAUCUAAGCUUACGAGGGCGCUGGCACCGCCCCUCUUCCUGGAACCUGUUAAUAAUUUUGAUGCUGUUCAAGAUCUCCUGAAAUACAUGGAAAGCCCUCUGCACCGCGAUCCGCCGCCGUCACCGAAGAGGAGAAAGAGGACUGUGGCCGAGCUUGCCGCGGACGAGGCGUUGGCCGCCGAAGAAGAACGAUUUAUGCUUAUCAUGGAUGAUCGCCUGGAGCCUACGACGUCAGGAGGCGCAGGUGCGACGAAAUCUACUGUCGAUGAGGCCGGUGGCGGGGCACCUUUCGAACCGCGCUUUUCGAGAUUCAAGACCUUGGAGAAUAUCCGCAUGCAGCACGAGGAGAAGGCGAAACGCGAACACGAAAACAAGCUCAAACAGGAGAUGGUCAAGAGACAGCAGCAGCAGGAGCAGGAGCGAGAACGCCGUCGCCUCAUGGAACAACGACAAGCGGAAGAACAUGCCAAGGAGGAAACUCGAAGGCAACAGUUGGCUGCCCAGCAGGCACAGGCACAGCUUGCAGCAACCCAGCAACAAAAUCGGCACAUCAUGGCACAAGCCAACGGGGUCAGUCAAGGGCAGCAGUCCUCGCCAGUGGUCCGCCAGCAAACACCCCACAAUACCUCAUCGCCUCUUGUUAGCGUUCCAAUGAGUAUGACACCGUCGAUGCAGGGUGCAGGGAGUCCACCAAGACCACCGUCUGCUCUACAGCAUGCUCACCCCAAUGUCAUGAGCCACCCCAUGGCAGCUUCGCGAAGUCAACAAGGACAGAGCCGUCACGGAACUCCGCAGAUGACCCAGGGAACACCAGCCAUGUCUCAUGCAACCCCCAUUAUGCGGAAUGUAACGCCCACCCAACGCAUGAGCCACGCCAGCCCGAACCGUCCCUCGAUGGCCCCGACCCCCGUUGUGAACCAGUCGAUGAUGGGAACUCCGCAGAUGGCUGGUGGGAUGGGCCUUACGCCUCAGCAGCAGCAGAUAUUAAUGCAACAGAGACAGCAAAUGCUAGCUCAACAGAGCCAGCUGACACCGCAGCAGUUGGCUCAACUGCAGGCCAGCGCCCAUGCCCAGCAAAAUAUCCAAUCGCACCAGCAUAAUAUGAUCCAGGCUCAACACCAUAAUCAGCAGAUGCAGCAACAGAAGGUUCAAAAUCCGCAGGCAUACCAAGCUCAGUUGAUGCGGGCGCAGCUUGCGCAAAUGCAGAUUGUUCAACAGCAGCAGCAGCAACAACAACAGCAGCAGCAGCAGCAACAGCAACAACCGCAACAACCGCAGGCGCAACCUCACCCCCAACCUCAACCUCAACCUCAACCACAGCCGCAGGCCCCGCAGCCGCAACAAGGUCAAAUGCACCAGGCCAGCCCGCAGUUGAACUCUCAGCAACAGAUGUUAAUGGCAGCUGCUCAAGCCAACGGAGGCCAAAUCCCACAGCAUCUCCAAGGAAUCAACCGGGCCCAGGGCGCCAUGGCCCAACGGUACAAUCACCUUUACCAGCAGCGCUUAUUGCAGUUGCGGCACAGCAUGGCAAACCGUCUCAUGGCACAAUUCGGGCCUCCUACGCAAUACCCACCGAACGUCUCACACCAGUACCAAGUAGGGCUGGAACAGACAGCCAAGACAUGGAUCCAGGAGAUCAUCCGACGCGAACGCGAAAUGGCCCAGCAACAACGCGCCAAUCAGGCUGCGGCCGUCCAGGCCCAGGCGAUGCAGCAACAGCAUCAGCAAAACAUGAUGCAGGGCGGCAUGGGCAAGUAGGCAUGGCGUCUUUUGAACUCAUACCCCCGCCACAUGCACACCUCCAUCCUUCACCUCUAUGCCUAUCCUUCUUGUUCUAUCUAUCUAGACAUCACAUCACUGUCGACAGCGAACCGGACUCAACAGGGUCCCAACUUCUUCAUGUUAUUGGGCUAUGUACACGGGACUAUGUGUUUUGCUAUAAAACAGGGCGGCGUUUAACAAACGAUCGAUCGACACUCGAUCUUGGAGUUCAUCAUUUUCCCCUUCAAUUUGCUUUUCUUCAUUCCAUUCUACCCUUUCCUAUUCUAUUCUAUUUUUAUCUUUAUUUUAUUUUUCGUUUUGUACCACUUGGGAAGCGUGGGUUCGGUUGGCUGGGAUAGCCUGGUUGGUCGGUCGGUCGGUUGGUAGGUUUUGUUAGCUGGCUGAUUACUUACUUACUUACUCGCUUACUUACUUACUUGCUUGCUUUGCUUCGCUUGAAUUUCAAGCCCGGGAAUGGAGAGCAAGAAACAGACUUGAUACCAUUUUGUACAGAUGCUCCCCCGUUUUGCACUUUUUUGUCGUUAUAAUGAGAUUUGAUCUUCUUUUAUUACUGAUUGUCUAGUAUUUAGUGCUGCAGGGGCGCU